GGAAUAUGCAACUGACCUCAGCUUUAGUUAAAAUCAGUGUGGAUGCACUCACAGUCAUAUGUGGGAAGUGAACGCCCCAUGCUCUUUGAUUGCUGUAUUGAUUUCCCGCUGGCAUGAUUUAGGUCAGACCUGACACAUAUUGACUAGAUAAGAGACUGGCUCUUUUACAAUCCGGCCAGUCGAACACUAUACAGCCUCUCUCUACAAGUGGAUGUUCAAAUGCAGCUCAUACUCUUUAGAUAUUAAGCGCUAUGGCCUGCCUGAACUGGGCCUAAUGGAGUGGACAGUCUCUGAGUGAGGAGGAUGCUGAGCCGAACAGAACACAGAGGCGUGUGCAGGCUGCUUUCAUCAGUGAUGUCUGGAACAGAGUCUCAUACAGACAGAGAGGAGGACUACAGGUUCCUCCACAGCAUGCUGAUGGAGAAGAAGCUUCACCUGCUCUUUAAGAUCCACGAGCGACUGAAGCGUUUUGAGAAGCGAAGCCCCAUCCCCGUCCAAGAGCAUGCAGCGAGUCUGGCCUUAGACUUGGCAGAGGAGCUGAUAUACCAAGGCUGGAGCGAUGAAGUCAAAGAACUGGUUGCCCUCUUUUCCAAACCCCACUUUAAGAGUCUCCUGUCGGUUCAUGACGCUGUAGCUCAGAGAGACUUUGAGCCUACUCUGCCACCAAUACCUGAUGACGUACUGGAGGAGGAGGAGGACUCAGUCAAAAUUGUCAGUCUGGUCAAAACCAAAGAGCCCCUGGGGGCAACAAUUAAGAGGGAUAAAUCCACUGGGGCGAUUGUUGUGGCGAGGAUCAUGAGAGGAGGUGCAGCUGAUAAAAGCGGCCUGAUCCACGAAGGAGAUGAGCUGAAAGAGGUGAAUGGAGUCCCACUGGAGCACAGGAAACCGAAGGAAGUCCUUUCUCUUCUGGCUCGUUCUCAGGGUGAAGUUCGAUUCAAAAUCAUUCCUGCCUCCUCUAAGGAAGAAAUGUCAUCAAAUAAGAAGAAGCUGUUUUUGAGGGCUCUUUUUGACUAUGAUCCUGACGAGGAUCCCGCUGUUCCGUGCAAGGAUGCAGCUGUAGCCUUUAAAAGGGGCGACGUCCUCCAGGUUGUCAGCAUGGAGGAUGAUACCUGGUGGCAGGCCUGUCACCUCGGGGACAGCAGCACCCGAGCAGGGCUCAUCCCCUCGCAGCAGCUCCAUGAGAGGAGAGUUGCGCUACAGCGACCAAAAGCGCUGUUCAAGCCUCGACGGGUCAAACCACCAGAUGAGGCGGAAGUCGUGGAGGAUGUAGACUACGGAGCUAUAACAGGGAUCCACAUUGCUGGUUUAAGAAGGAGUUUCCGACUUGGGAGAAAGAGCAGUUGGGCCAGAGAAGUGGCCCGCUCCAGGAGGUGGAGCACAGGGGUACACGGCUCAAUUCGACCCCCUACCUACAUAGAGGUGAUGCCCUAUCACAAAGACUCCAAGGACAGACACCGUCUGGUCGUUCUGGUUGGGCCCAACGGCGUUGGCGUUAAUGAACUAAAGAGGAGGCUCUUGAUAUCCGACCCUGACCACUAUGGCGUCACUGUACCGCACACCACACGUGAGAAGAGAAGGCAGGAGAAUGAAGGGGUGGAUUAUCACUUUGUAUCAAUUCACAUGUUUGAAGAGGACAUUCUCAAUCAUAGGUUUAUAGAAUAUGGGAGAUACAAUGGACACUACUAUGGAACAAGUCUAGACUCUGUGCACAGAGUGAUGGCUGAGGGCAAGGUGUGCCUCCUGGAUGUGCACCCUAGUAAAAUUAAGCAUGUGUACACAUCUGAAUUCAAACCAUACGUGGUGUUCGUGAAGCCCCCACGUAUAGAGGAGCUACGCCUCACCAGACGGAGAGCUAAAUUCCUCUGUGACGAAGAAGACAAGAACUCAGUCAGGAUCUUUUCAGAGGAGGAUUUUGAGGACAUGAUUGACUUGGCUGAGACCAUGGAGAGGCAGUGCGGUCACUUGUUUGACAAGGUGAUUGUUAAUGGCGAUAUCGCGGUGGCGUUCAGAGAGCUGAAGGCAGACCUCAAGAAGGUAGAAGAGGCAGAAGUCCAGUGGAUUCCUGCAGAGUGGAUUUGCUCCUCACCAACAAAAGCACGGAGAAGUUGUGGUCACUUAGACAGCUGGAUUUGAACAUUAAACUCACAAAGAAACAAAGAAGAAAAGAAGGACAAAAUAAUUAGCCAGUUUUUCUGUUGGCAUUUGGCUGAAAAAACGUCGGCUCGCAGGACACAGAAGAAGAAGACGAAAAAAUAAAGAAAAACUCUCCAGAGCUUGUGGCUGAGUGUAAUCUUUCCCUGCCAAGUCGCAAACAUCAGCAUGUAAUUAUUCUGACAGCUGCUGCACUUCAAUUAACUGUAAUGUACACCAGAGAAAUAUUAUUAGUAGCAGUCAGGGAGACAUUUUGCCAACAACAUGCUGUACAAAAUAGGGACACAAACAAGAUAACAAUUAGACUGUAGAUGAAGAAGUAGGAAAACCUGUUGUAUGGCUGUAAGUUUCAGAAUUGUGCACAUAUUGUAGAUGAGGACUUUCUAGAAUUAUUGUAAUAGUCACUGUUGAAACAUGAAUAUUUUUAAGGCUUGAAUUUGUGUAUUUUUAAGCACCCUACGCUGACAAUAAACUCCAUUAUGGGCCAUUAA